CAAAAUUACAAAAAUGAAUAUAUUAAAAAAAAAUUUUAUAAAAACAAAUUUAUUUAAUAUUUUUCAUAAAAAAAACGUGUUUAUAAGAAACGGUGGAUUAAUUUUGGGCGGACUUUUAACUUUUCAUACGGUAAAAGAAGAUCCUUAUGUCACUUAUAUAGGGGCCGGAGUGAGAUUUUUAAGAUCGCUAAUAACGGGAAUGGAAAUAUCCUUUGAUUAUUAUAUAUCCAUGGUGGGGUUAAACGAGGAAUCUCCCAAUUACAAACCAAUGAUGAGUCGUAUUCAUUCGAGGGCUGCCAAAAGGAUUUUAGAUGCUUGUCUUGUAAACGGAGGAACUUACAUUAAAUUAGGACAAGGUUUAGUGUCUUUAAGCCACAUCUUACCUGAAGAAUACAUCAGUAUUUUAACUCAACUUCAAGACCGAUGUUUAGAGAGGGGAGCUGACGAAAUGAUUGAGUUAUUUGUUGAAGAUUUUGGGAAAGAACCACAAGAAUUGUUCAUGAAAGUAGAUAUGGUGCCUAUCGCAGCUGCUAGUUUGGCGCAGGUUUUUUAUGGUAUAACGGUAGAUGGGAAAGAAGUAGCUAUAAAAGUUCAAUAUAAUGAUUUACAAAAGAGAUUUGUUUCUGACAUAGCUACAAUAGACUUUUUAUUAAAGAUAAUUGGGUUUAUGCAUCCCACAUUUAAUUUUGGUUGGGUCCUUGAUGAUUUAAGAGAAAGUCUUAGGUAUGAAUUAGACUUUAUUAAUGAAGGUAAAAACGCAGAACGAUGUGCUAAAGACUUAGAGACAUUUAAUUACAUUUAUGUACCAAAAGUACAUUGGGAUUUAACAAGAAAAAGAGUUUUAGUUACUGAGUUUGUCCAUGGUUACAAAAUAAAUGAUAUUGAUUCCCUUAAAAGCCAAAACAUUUCAUUAAAAGACAUUGAUGCUAAACUUCUAGAAGCAUUUGGUCAUCAAAUUUUCCAAGUAGGGUUUGUCCAUGCAGAUCCCCACCCUGGAAAUGUGUUAAUUAGAAAAGUGAAUGGAAAGCCACAAAUCGUUUUAUUGGAUCACGGAUUGUAUGAAAAUUUAGAUGAAUCAACUCGAACGUCUUUAAGUUACAUGUGGAAGGCGAUCGUUUUCAGAAAUAUUGGGCAGAUGAAAAAAUACGCUUCAGAAUUACAAGUUGAGGAUCCAGAAACUCUUGCUGAAAUCCUCACGCAGAGACCGUUUAGGGGAUUUUCGAUGGGAAUGAAAAUGAGUUCUGCUGAAAUGGAUUAUAUGACGAAAAAGGCACAGCUGCGGUUUGAUAAGAUUAUGAAAGUUUUGAGAGAUAUGCCAAGACCUUUAUUAUUGGUUGUCAGAAAUUUAAAUACAAUAAGAAGUAUUGUUCAUGAUCAUGGAGAACUUGUAGACCGGUACGCGAUUUUGGCACGAUGUGCGACAAAAACAAGUUUUCGACGUACUGGAGUUUUGACGAAAUAUUUUAUUGUGCCUUUAAAGAUGUGGCUGGAAUUUAAAAUAUUCACUGGAAAACUUUGGGUCUCAUUUAUAAAGCGUUUAACAAAACUACUUUUCCGCUUAGGUUUAACACACGAUUUAAAAGCCUUUGUAGAUGAAAUACAAUAAAAUAACCACUGCUACCGCG